CUUGUGGUGAUUAUUUGAAACGUCAGUUUUGACAUACACAAAUCACAACCUUCACCUUCAAGUUCCCGUAAUUGACUAGUAUUAGUGAGUUGUUAUUCCCGAAAGUCGGACAAUUUCUCUUCCUCUCCUUGGAAUAUGGCCUCCAGUGAAAGUAAUGCUUACAAGAGAAGAGUGUAUGUCAAGGGGGAAAGACUCACGGUCGAGGAGGAUCUGCUGCACGAGUUUAAAGGUCACCGUAAUUUUUCUAAAGAUGACAUUCCACAAGCAGCCAUUAUCAAUAGAACUCAGAGGCCCAUAUCAAGGAAUCUGUGUGGGUUCCUUAACACAGGAGCUGGAGGUGUUGUCUACUGUGGAGUGACAGAUAACGGAGAUGUCCAAGGAAUCCGUCUAACAAACUAUCAAAAAGACCAUGUUCUGCUCUCAGUUCAAGACCUUUUUUCAAGAUUCGAACCUCCUGUUGAUCCCAGCAUGUACACUGUCCAUUUUUUUCCUGUAGUUACAGAUGUCAACCAUAUUCCGGAAAUCACAGCUCAUCCUGUAAAUCAUGAACAGAGGAACACACCUCAUAUUUUGAGGACAUCCAAAUAUUGCUGGUGUGACAGGGAUGCUGCAGCACAACAUGACUUUGGCAUAUUAGCUCCAUUAUAUGUAAUUGAAAUUGAAGUCUUUCCAUGGGACCCCGCGUGCAAAUUAUCGUUGACCCCCACAACUCCCAUACAUCCACUCUUUUGUAACGAAGAACGUCUCUGUUUUAUCCGACGACUUGGUGGCUUGCAUCAACCCAGUUUAGAGGAAGUCAUCCAGUUGGCGGAAGCGGAUACUGCUCGAUACCACAUCAUGAAAGAAUGACAUAUCCAGCCGACUUCAACGCUACCAUUGCAAUAUUACCUUUCAUGCGAACGUGACUUGAGUUCGACGCCUUUUUUUUUCUAACGAUUCCACAAAAUUGUUCAUGCGACAAAGGAAUCUCUACCUUUUCUCAAGUUGUAAGGAUGUGCCAUAAAACGUUAGGUAACAAAUGCGUCUAUCUUUGUCAUUUACAAGUCAAUAAUUGUUUCCGUUCCGGUUGGAAAUAAACUGAAAUUUUUCCCGGUUCAUCAUCAGUUCGACUUGUGAUUGUAUAACAAUCCGCCGCAUUCGAAAUAAACGAAUUAAUUUUUCCGUU